AUGUCCGACGCCCUAGAUUGGCUCAUCGAACACGAGCCGGCUUUCCGCAAAGCACGCGUACCGGCCCUCUACUCCGAUUUCCGCGGCCUUCGCUCCACCAACCCUGACGGAUACAACGCAAACAUAUCUGCCUGGAGGCGCGGCCUUGCCGGACUCGUGCGCGCUGGCCUAGCGCCCAGCGGAUCCGGCUCAUCACCGACCCCCGACCACGUUGUUCUCAAGGCCGACGAGUCUUUGCUACGAGCACUAGAAAGCAAGCGAUAUGGCCGCCCACUGGCUCUCGGUGCCGUCAUUAGGGAGGCCACACAAGACAAAGACCUGAUACCAAUACAAGACUUCUUGAGGGCCAACGAGAGCAUAUACUACAGACCAUGGAGCUCAAUACCGUGGAGUGUCGCCUCUUGGGGGUUCAGGCACAUGGGUUUCACCGGCGCCUUGAUUUUUGGUGGAGAUGAGAAACUCCCAGGCGGGCAAUUCGUGGUCGUUGCAAACGUGGAGGCAGCCUCGAAGGCGGUGCUCGAACAGACUGCCGGACUGACGUCGCGAUUCGAGAGAACGUUUUCGAAAGUCCAGUUCCAGGCAGAAUUCAAGGAUUCCAUACUCAAGGGCCAGCAGUUGUCCGAGACGGAUGUGGAGGUCUUGUUGCGCUUCAUGUCAAGGGAUCAGGGCGUGCUUGUCUAUGACGGCAAGACAGUCAAGAUUAGGAACCCCGACGACCGGGAAUCAGCCAUCACAGAAGAGGACGAAACAAUUGCGUCCCUCAGGGAGCUGGCGGAGUACCUGAGCCACCAGGCGACAGUGCUGAACAGCAAGAUCGAGGAGCUCACUAUGACGGCAAAAGAGGCGGUGGCUAAGAAGAACCGCGUCACGGCCAUGGCAGCCCUGAAGUCCAAGAAGCGGGCAGAAACGUCCCUACAACAGCGGUACGCCACUCUUAGCCAGAUAGAAGAGGUUUCGGCCAAGAUCGAGCAGGCGUCGGACAAUGUGCAGCUAGUGAAGGUCAUGGCUGCCAGCACGGAUGUUCUAAAGACACUGAACGCACAGGUGGGAGGUGCGGAGCGAGUGGAGGAGGUCGUGGACCACAUGCGUGAACAGAUAGGCCAGGCUGACGAGAUCAACAACAUCAUCGGGGAGCAAGGCCCGAUUGUCGACGAGGACGAGCUCGACGAUGAGCUUGAGGCAAUGUUGAUGGAGCAGACGGGCAAGGAAGACGAAGUCGAGCGAUCAAGGCAGGAGGCCGCAGAGCAAAUGGAAGCCGAGAACAUUGCGAGGAGACUUGCGGAUUUGGAUACCCCUCAAGCUAUCACGGAGAACAGCCAGGAAGUCGACGGGCUCUCAGGGGAGAUGAGUAAAAUCGCAUCAUGA